AUCCUAACAGUGUGAAAAAAAUAAAUAAAUAAAAACCAGCAAUACAAUCCUUCAUCAGUUUAUCAUAAAUGUAACAAUACAGAAAAAUAAGAACAUAAAAACAGAUCGAUAAAGUAUUAGUGGGAAUUUAAAGAGAAUAUGUAAUCAUGAACACAUACAGUGUUAAGUAACCUUUAAACUCUUAAACCAAAGGCUUGCUUAAUGGGUAUUUUCUAUUUUUCUGAUCACUCUCUGUAAAUAUGAGACAUGUUUAGAAAUGAAAAUUCCAGAAGUUGAGCAGUUUCCAAGCUAUUCUUACCAGUUCAGCCCAUCUGGAACCAUCUUAGAUCCAACACUCAUGAUCACUCUUUUCAUCUCUCUUCUCAGUUUGAACUUAAGUCGUUCACACCAGCCUAUAGACCUGCAAAGGAUAUUGAUUUGCUGCCAUUCGUGUUAACAAGCAGAGAAACAAGUGUACCUAAUAAAAUAUUAAAAAUCACCUGCGCAAUGAAAAUCAGAUAGGAAGAAAUGGAAAAUUAUGUAACUUACGUUGGUUAUACUAAUUUGGAAAAAUUUGUAAUACCAGUUAAGCUUUUUGUUGUCUUGUUUUUACAUAUCUUAUGUCAAGUAACCACUGAAAGUACCACUCGUGUUGCAAUCGUACGCUAGCAAAGCAUUUUAUGUGUUGCAGUUUGAAGACAAAAAAGUCACUUGUUUUGUUUUUUUAAUACUAAAAAUACAUAUUUUUAAAACUUACACUUGCACACAGGAACUAGAACAAUAACAAAAAGUGAAGAUGUGUUUAAAGUUAGCAGGUGGGUUUCAUGUUUUUUUUUUUGUUUUUUUUUUUACAAAAAGUCUCUCAAAUCUCAUUUCUAAUGUUUUGAAAACAUGUUACGCCUCUUUCUUGUGUAAUUUAAUCCAUUUUAGUCACCUUGUGGUAUCUUUCCGCCUCCCUCCCUCAUCCUUUCAGUAAUCUGUCUAUGGGCGGUUGUCAACUCAUUCAUAACUAGUGACACUAGUGACACGGCACGCUCUCAAGAGGUUGACUUGAGCAGAGGAAUGGUGUCCGCGAUUAGUUAGUUAGCUCCACAAGUCCAAGUCUGCGUUCUCCGAAAGCGUUAUUGCACAACGAGCCAGAGCGCUCAGAUACCUUCACUCCCUCUCAAAAGGACUCUCAGCUGCACAUUGCAGUAGAAAGUCACACCGACUUCCGGGGAAGUGUUAUAUUUUGCCAAAUGUUUUUUUAGACCCCAGUGUUUUUUUUUCUUCUUUUCUUUUCUUUUCUUUUUUCUAAGGCGGUUGACGUGACGCCGCGGUGGGACUGGCUUUCCUCCACUCAGCUUGCAUUCAUAAACGGAUAUGAUAGAACAGCACUGAAUGCACCGGAGCAGCGGCAACAACACUCAGCGCUGACCAUGGCGGAAGAGGACGACGCUAGGAUUCGGAUUUUACAGAGUCUGCGGGGUAAAAUAUGUGAAGCCAAGAACCUAGGUCCAGUGUCAGGUCCAAAUCGACUAAAGGAUCUCUGUACAUUUUGCACCAUAAGCCUGGACCAGGAGGAAGUGUUUCGCACCAAGGUGUUUGACAAAAGCAUCACCCCUUUUUACGGAGAAGAUUUCUUCUUUGAGAUCCCGCGGCCAUUUCAGUUUUUAUCCUUUUAUGUUUAUGCCAAGGGCGUUUUCCAAAGGGACCUACCUGUUGGCAAAGUGUCAAUCCGGAAGGAUGAUCUAUGUAAAUAUAGCGGAAAGGACGAUUGGUUUAACCUCCAGCCUGUAGAUCCAAACACAGAAGUUCAGGGCAAAGUUCACCUGGAGAUGCGACUGAAUGAAGUGAUCACAGAUCACGGCUCCACUGGUCAACACUUACUUGUCAAAAUAAUUGAGUGCAAAGAACUGCCUUUGAUCAGUGGCCAGAACUGUGACCCGUACGCCACCGUGUCUCUUGUUGGACCUGCCAGAUCAGACCAAAAGAAAACAAAAGUAAAGAAGAAAACCAGCAACCCAUAUUUUGAGGAAACUUUUUUCUUUGAGGUCACACGGUCCAGCAGCUACUCUAGAAAAUCACAGUUCCCUGUGGAGGAGGAGGACAUUGAAAAGCUCGAGAUCAGAGUGGAUCUGUGGAACAACGAAAAUCUGGCUCAGGAUGUGUUUCUCGGAGAAACGAGAGUUCCUGUCAAGAUCCUUCAGAGCGACCGCGUCCACAAAGCCUGGUAUCUCCUCCAGCCUAAAGGGACAGGCAGCAAGUCCAAAUCUGAUGAUUUGGGACAACUGCGUUUGAAGCUCACUUACAUUGAAGACACGGUGCUGCCCUCUACCUGCUACACACCUCUCUGCAACUUGCUGCUCAAAUCCCCCGAUGUGAAGCCCAUCUCGGCAUCAGCAGCACACAUCUUGGGGGACAUCUUCAGAGAGCGAUACGAGGCCGUUCUGCCCAUGGUCCGGCUGCUGCUCUACCACAGCCGUUUUGUGCCUUUCGUCUCUGCCGUGGCGGCUCUGGAGCUGGACAACACUCAGGAGGCUAACACUAUAUUCCGAGGCAACUCACUGGCAACUCGCUGCAUUGACGACAUGAUGAAGAUCGUGGGAAAGAGUUACCUGGCUGUUACAUUGAAGCCGGUUAUCGAUGAGAUUUGCGACUCCAACAAAACAUGUGAGAUAGACCCCAUUAAGCUAAAGGAAGGUGACAACGUGGAGGUCAACAAGGAAAACCUUCAGGUUUAUGUCCAGAAAGUUUUCUCCUCCAUCACUCAGUCCAGCUCCAACUGUCCCCCUCUGAUGUGCGACGUCUUCAGGUCGCUCAGACAUCUCGCCUGCAAACGCUUCCUGGGCGACCCACAUGUUCAGUACUCUGCUGUGAGCAGCUUCGUGUUCCUGCGCUUUUUCGCCGUGGCUGUUCUCUCCCCACACUCGUUCCAGCUCCGAUCUCAUCACCCCGAUCCUGAGAUCGCCCGCACACUCACUCUCAUCUCAAAAACUAUUCAGACUCUUGGCAGCUGGGGUAGUUUGUCUAAAAAACUGUCCAGUUUUAAAGAAAGUUACAUGUACGACUUCUACAAGUCAUUCCAAGAAGAAAAGUGCAUUGAAAAAGUUAAAAAGUUUCUCGACGAAAUCUCGUCCAACGUGAGUAAAGAGUCCUGCAGACAGGAGGACGCCGUGGUUCUGAAGGAGGGGGAAGUGCAGAAACGUACCCAAGGAAAGAAGAACUUCUCUAAGAGAAACUUUAAGAAAAGAUGGCUGAGAGUGACCAACAGGGAGCUCUCCUACCACAAACGUAAAGGGAAAGAGGCCCUCUGCACCAUCAGCGUCAAAAACAUCCAGGCGGUGGAGAAACUCGAUGAAAGUGCCUUUAACCGCAAAAAUAUGUUUCAGGUGGUCCUCUCAGAGAUGCCGCUCUACGUCCAGGCAGGAAACUGCGUGGAGGCCAGCGAGUGGUUGGAGAUCCUGGGCCAGGUCAGCCGCUGCAACGAGGGACGCUUGACCACUUACCACUCGUCAAAUUACACCGCCGGCGCGUGGCAGUGCUGCAAAAACCAGAGCGGCAGCGCUCCCGGCUGUAAGCCCUGCACAAUCACCAUGCUGGCCAACCUGCAGCUGGACAUCGACUGUGACCGGGAAGCGGAGAGAAUCUUCUCCCUCCUCUCAUCUAAUGAAUCCAAGCUACAAAACAUGGAAGAUGCGUGUGCCAGCAUGGCGGUGUACCAGGGCCCUCAGAGGGAGCAGGAGGAGUACUCCAAGUUCACCAUUCAGGAACCCAAAGAGACUUUUCAGACCCUCAAACAGCUCCGAAACGUCAUGGAGGAGUUGCAGAGGCAGCACAACAGCAGGAAUAACACCACCGCGCAGUACGGAAGCCUUGACAACCCCAUAGUAGGGAAAACCUCUUAGCCUGGGUGGGCCGGCGUGGGCUGAAACGGCCCCGCCAGCAGGGGUCAGUGCGCCACAGAGGACCACAAAAAGCCCACGAAGAUGUCCGAGCAAGUGACGAGGAGAAUGAUAUACACCCUGACCUCCACACGUUUAGUCCACUAUGAAUGAACCUUUUGUUUUUUGUUGUUUUUUGUUUUGUUUUUGUUUUUUGGCUGCACUGCAGACUGAUUCUUCAUGUAUCCACAGAGGCAUCACUAGAUGGUGUGUGAAUAGGCUGCUAUAUAUAAAUAUAUAUAUAUAUAUAUGUGUGUGUAUUUUUAAAAUUUACUCUGUUUUAUAUGAACAGCUGUGAUGAUGAUGAUCACUCCCUCCUUGUUUUUAAAUGUUUUUAGAACCUCAGUUCAAUAACAAUCAUCACUCUGGAGGAUCGUCCUCUUGUUUGUGCCCCUCAAAUCGUUUAGUGUCCUUCUUCUUCUGAACAAAUGUGUGUGUGUUUUAUAAAAAAAAAACGAAACAAAAAACAAACCAAUCUGCCUUACUGAUGGAGAUUCUUUUCACAUUUAAUACUGAGGAAACGAUGCAAACGCACUUUAAAUAUUUGGAGCUGUCCGAAUGGAAAUGAUUAGAUACUUGGUAUCAGCUUUAUGAUCAUUACAUGAUCCUGAGUACAUAUUUGUCUUUGUUUCACUCCUGUACAAUAACGUUGAAUGCCUGUUAAAUAUAUAUACAUAUAUAUAUGUAUAUAUAUAUGUAUAUAUAUAUGUAUAUAUAUAUGUAAAGAUAUUUUUGUCAACCAAAGGCAAUCUCUUGUACUUACGUGUAUAUGUAUUUUGUACACAAACUGUUAAAUUUGAGACAGAUUAUAAAUAUAUGUAUAUGUUCAGUUUGUUCGUCCAGUUUAACAUAUCCUUUUUAUUGACUUUUAGGGCAAGCAGUUUUGCAUGCAUUCAGCUUUGAAUCUGGACGGCAUGACUGUGGUAAAGAGUUGUUUGCUUGUGAUUGUGAACUGUUGAUGGUACGGUGUACAUCGGACCCGUGAUGUUCAUGCUCAGAGCCCCCCCCCCUUCUCUCCCCCCCCCCAAACAUGGCCAAUGCUAGACACGAUAGAGGUCCCGCCGAGAGGAGGCGCAGCCAGAAUAACGCACGACUCCCUUCAUCUCUAAAUUCGUUCUCGACAAUCGCAGCGACGGCGCCUCCUUCACGCUCGCCUUUCACACCAGCAGCACUCCAAAGCUCCAGCUGCUACGCUUUUAUUAUUUUGAAGAUUUUUUUUUUUUUUUUAUCUGGAGCUUGAAAAUUUUUCACAGCGCCUCCCUGCCAGAGAAGGUUGUAAAAAGUCUAAAGUGUGAAGAAAAACGUGCAUUAAUGGAUUAGGAGUCUUGGAGUGACUCCAUCGUACGUCCUCCCCUCCAACUUUUCUUUUUUUUUUUUUUUUUUCCCUCCCCGUUUUGCACCCAAACAAACAAUGAAGAAGAAGAAACUUGAAUUUGUUUUAACAUGUCGAACAUUUGAUGUUAAGAAUACAGGGUUAACCACUUUGUACGUAUGCAAAAACAAAAAACCAUUGCUUUUGUCUGAUUUAAUUGCUAACGUGCAUGUUUUCAUUAUUUAACAAUUUAUGUUUCACGAUAAAGGUUUUUGUAUCUAUUUUUUUGUAAACUUUGAUUUGAAUAUGUUGCUAUGCUGGUACAUGUCUCUUGUUAAACUGCUUUGUUUUUUUGUUGUUUUCUUUUUUUCUUUAGGCUGCUGCUGUUUUGCAUUCACCUGCAACAUUUCCACUUUACUGGAGUUUAAUGCUAACAUUUUUUUUUUUUUUCGUUUCAUUUCAGCUAUAAACCAAUUGACCUUAGAUGAAGCUAAACACAAAUAUUAAACUAUUAUCUGAAGAUUUUCACUUCAAAUAGCAUAUAUUUAGACUAUUGUUUCUAAAUACGGGAACUUCUUUGUUUUCUUUCUUUGUGGUUGCAGAAGUAGAAAUGCCAGAGUGCAGAGCAGCAUGCAGGAGCCAGGUUUAUGUUCAAAUUUGACCAAACUAUUAAAGGGAACACGCUUAGAUCUACUUCUGUUAGACGAAUACCUCCCAGGAAGCUUUUUGUCAAAUCGCAUACGAGACGUGUUUCUGAGCACUUUGUUUUUAACGAGAGAACAAAUUAGUUUCUUGGACAUUUAUUGAAAUCCAACAGACAUUUCCUUCAAUCGGCUCUCGCUAAAAGGGAGAUUACAAAAGGCAGGAUCACCUGAAGGGAUUGUUUGGUUGUGUUUAAUUUAUUUUUAACUGAGUUUUGAUUUGAAUUUUUUUAAUUGGAAGGGGUUAUUUAAACAUAUCCAACUCAUUUCUGAAUGUUCGGCCUCAGUUUGAUGUCUGGUUUUAUACUAAUGGAGCAAUGUAUUUCACAUUUAUGGUCCAUAUUGUCUGCUCAGAAUAAACACUUUGCCAACGGUC